UAAAUGAAAUCAUAUCCUCCAACCUUCCCCAGGUCCCAGGACAUUACAUUAUCCUGCUAUAUUUUCUCUCUCUUCUCUAAUGGCUUUUCUAUUAAGUUGCUAUUCUUACACGUAACUUUACACCUUCAUUUCACAAGAUGCACAAUUUCUUGUGUUUUUUAACUGUUCCACCUGUACCUCGUGCUCCUGCUCUACCUUUUUUUUCCUCUGCUUUAAGCUGAAAAACAACCAAAUUUUUAAUUAAAGAAAACCCAAAAAAACCCCAUUAUCUGGAGCCCCAAAAACCCUGGAAUUUUACUGAAGUUCUAGUAGUAAAGACUCAAUCUUUUUGAAACCCUAGCUCUUGUUUCAAGGACCCUUUUUUUGUUCAAUAAUUUGUGGUAAUUUCUGCUGAAUUUGGGGUUUCUGCUGUUUCAUUUGUUACCCAGGUAUAUAACCUUUCUUGCACUUUUAUGUAGUGUUGUAAAGGUCAUUUUGAGCUUGAUUUAUGCUUAGGUCUGUUGAUUAUUGAACUGGGUUUUUGAUUAUGUUAGUAAUUUAUAGAAACCCAGAUCGAUUUUUUGUGAUUUGUUGAGGUUUGAUAUGAAUUGAGAGGAACCCAGAUUGGUAAUUAGCUUUAAUUUUGAGAUUUUGAUUCUGGGGUUUGAGGAAGAUGGGUGUAAAUUGUGAGAUUAAUGAUGAGGAUAAGGUUAUGCUGGAAGAUGUGGUGGGAGUUGAGGCAUGUAAAUUCCUGAUAUCUAGAGUUUGUGAAGAUUUUCUUAGUGAUUUUAAUGAUACAGGAAGUAGUGAUGGUGGUAUGCUGAAUCUUCAGCAAGGGCUAUGCCAAAUUGUUGAUGGUUCUAAUUGGAAUUAUGCAAUAUUGUGGAAGAUUGUUAGUUCUAAGAAGGAUGGUAGGUCUGUGUUGAUUUGGGGUGAUGGACAUUGCCGAGACCCGAAGGCGGUUGUUGCUGGGGAGAGGGGAGAUGGUGGGGAGGGUAAAUUGGUUGAGGGUAAUGGAGAGAUUGGUAAGAAAGAUGAGGCAAAGAAGAGGGUUCUUGAGAAAUUACAUGCUUGCUUUAGGAAGUCAGAGGAGAAUAAUUUUGUUGCCACUUUGGAUAAAGUAUCAGAUAUUGAGAUGCUGUAUCUCACUUCAAUGUAUUAUUGGUUUUGGUUGGACUCUUCUAUGGGUCCUGCCAACUGUUUAACCUCUGGCAGACCGAUUUGGGUUUCGGAUGGUAAUGCCUGCUCAAAUCACUACCAAUCUCGGGCUCAUUUAGCUAAGUCAGCUAAAUGUCAGACGGUUGUGUUUGUGCCUGUGAAAGCUGGAGUAUUAGAGUUGGGUUCUAUUAAAAUGGUCAUGGAGGAGCAGAAUCUGUUGCAAGUGGUGAAGCAUAUCUUUGAUGCACCUCAAUCUGUACAGGCGAAGGCGUUUCCUAAGAUUUUUGGCUGUGAGCUUAGCCUCGGUGGACCAAAACCACCAUCGACAAACUUGAAUUUUACUCCAAAGUUGGAAGAUGAUGCCGCAUUUUCUGCAGAAUCUCAUGUUGGUGGAAGUAAUGGAGGUGCUAAGCACACUUAUGGGUCAUCGUCUAAUGGGUGUGUUAGUGAAGAUAGUGGCAAGAAGUUGGUUUCAGAGAUCAAUUUUGGUGGUUUGAAUCCCGAAGCCCAAACUCCUGGCAUAGAGCCGGCUAAAGAAGAACUUUUGUUGCAGCCUAAACCACGAAAGAGGGGUAGAAAACCUGCUAAUGGAAGAGAAGAACCGUUGAACCAUGUUGAAGCAGAAAGACAGAGACGAGAGAAGCUUAACCAACGUUUCUAUGCAUUAAGAGCCGUUGUCCCCAACAUUUCUAAGAUGGACAAAGCUUCGCUCCUUGGUGAUGCUAUUUCUUAUAUUACAGAUCUUCAAAUGAAGGUUAAGAUGCUCGAAGCUGAGAAGGAGAUGGCUAAUCCAAAGCAAAAGCACAUGGCUAUCCCUGAAAUUGAUUUUCAGGCAGGGCAAGAUGAUGCACUCGUGCAUGUCAGUUUCCCUUUGGAUCUUCAUCCUGCUUCAAGUGUUGUAAAGACACUUGGGGAAAAUCAAGUCCUGGCUCCUGAAGCCAAUGUUUCCACAACAGAUAACAAGAUCAUUCAUACAUUCACCAUCAGAACUCAGAAUGGUGGUGCUGAGAAUCUAAAGGAGAAGCUGCAGGCUGCUCUUUCUUUGUAAGAUCGAUCUUUGUCGCAUGAUCCUGGCACAGUAAUGAGUAAAAAACUUUCCUUUUUGAAGGUUUAGCCUUCUCUUUAAUCUGUGCUCUUUGUUGUAUCUGGUUACCAUUUCUGAUAUAUAUUUAAUGUGUCAUGUAUGAUCUGCCUUCUUUAAUUUGGUAUGCAUAUUCCGGCAUAGCACUAUCCAACUGGCACCCUCCCCACAUCUAAAACCAAUUGAUUCUCGCUCCCAUGUAGUUUUGUCAUAGGAAUUCCAUCUAUAUACAGAGCUGCUGCUCAGAUGAAGAGCUCAAUUGCAGAUUGACAGGAACAUUCUCUGUAGAUACCAGGUGAGAUAAGAUCAAAUUAGAUUACUUGAUAUAAAUAUUUUGGAUCAACAAUAUCUUUCAGAACUUAUAUAAAGACUUAAGGCUUUAAAGUUCAUGGCUGUAACAUUUCGUCUUUAAACCUUCUUUAGCUGAUCUCUUUAUUGGCACUAUAGUUUCCUAUUCCGUAGGUUUGUUGUUUGUUAAUCAGCAAGAUAGGCUAGAAAAUGGUUAUUGUAUAUAUUGCAGUUGUGGGAUGAUGGUUGUGCUGCAACUAUAUGCCUGUUAUUGCAAUCUCGAUCAAAGAUCUACAAAGUAACUGAAAAUAGCAAAAUCUAACCUUUGGAAAAGUUUCAUAUUCGUGUAAAGUUUUGGUGGAAUGAUUCUUAUUAGAACUCUCAGAUAUAUAAUACAAGUUUCUGUUUUCUAGGUACUUGUUCUUCGAGCACUCUUUAUAUUCACAAUUAUAUGUGCCUCAAUUUUUUGCAGGAGCAGAUGUAAGCAGCAGGUUUCGCUAUCUUCUGAUGUUUCCGUAAGUUCUUGGUAUAGAUUAGUAUCCCAAUAUCUCAUCUUUUCAGAAUUAACAAUGAGUAGUUGGGACAACAUGGUUUAGGCUUCUCACUUCUCAGAGUUGCAUCUCCUUGGAGGAUUUCUACCUGAAGUGGUCCAAAGCUGAUCAAUAUGAUCGAGCCUAACUGGUCGGGUCAAUUUUCAGGUAGUGAGCUGGUCCACAUAGCAUUUUUUGAACAUUUUGGUCCUCGGCUUGAUUUUCUAGGGCUCUUUGGCAGACUGUUAUUGCCCCUGAAUUUGUACCAUCAAUUUUCCUAUUUGACAGCAUAGCAUUGAUUUUUAAGUUUCUGCUGGUUGAAAGCAGGGGUAUGAAUGAGUCAGCAGAUAUCCCAAAGACAGACUGAUACUUUUCCAAAUUUGGCAAUAGUAUAACACUGAUUUUCUGGCAUUGAAUUUUUCGGGUCUUGAAUCUUAACAAGUCUUGUUGUUUCAGUUUACUGGUAAAAACCAACCUUGUACAGAUGUGAAAUCAAGAACAACAUUGCUAGUUUGUAGCAUAAAUUUGUACUCAAUGUAGUCAAAUAAAGCUUCUGCAAAAAGAAUUUUGAUGUUCAGUUAAAAUUUUGUAAUAUUAAGCUUUGUCCAAUUUCUCC